UCCAAGUCGUAUUUUGGCUUACAGUGAAGUUCGUUCGCUGUUGAUGGCGACACCAAUUGUUUCAAUGUUUGUGAAGACAUCUGAAUCUUGAUUGCCUUUGGAACUGGUGUUCUAAUGGUUGUGUUUAUUGUCCUAAUCAUACCAUUGAACACGAAGUUUUAGUGAAACACUUGACUUUAAUGUAUUUGAAGAAAUUAUGUUCAUAAAAUAGCUUAAAGUUACUGAAACUACAUGAUGAUGAGACCACCAGGCAUGCGACCUCCGGGGAUGGGACCACCCAGGAUGAGGCCUCCAGGGCCUGGUCCCCAAGGACCACCUCGACCCAUGGGACCACCUGGUCCGCGUGGACCACCGAGACCGGGACCACCAGGGCCACAGGGACCACCUCGACCUCCAGGCCCACCAGGACCAGGGCCUGUCAGCAGUAAUACAAAUGAUCCAGCAUCUGCCAAGUCUCGAGUAUUUGUUGGAAAUUUGAACACUUUUGCUCUAAAUAAAGAAGACGUAGAGCAAAUCUUUAUGAAGUUUGGAUUAGUCACAGGAAUAUCCAUGCACAAGGGUUAUGCAUUUGUACAGUAUGGGCGAGAAAUGGAAGCAAGAAUAGCGGCAGGGGCUGAAGAUGGGAAGAAUUAUGCUGGGCAGGUUAUUGCAACAAAUAUAGCCUCUGAGCCGAAGGGUCGUGGAAUCAAGAAAACACCACCCAAUGAAAGGCGUUCAAGUUUGAAUUCAAAGCCAACAACGCCGACAACUCCGUCAGUUAACUCCAGCAUGAAGCGCACCCUGGUGACACUAUCUGGCGACACAUCAGAACCCCCUACCAAGAAGCCAACCCCCUCCACCUCCACCUCCAGUAGCGCCACCAAGUCGAAAAUCUCCUCCAUCAACACAGCCUCCGUGGACGUUCUGAUCUGUGGUCGGUGCAAGCUCCAGUUUAACAGUCUACACAGUUUGGCACAGCACAAGAAGAUUCCCUGUCGAUUACGGUUCAGCUGCCAGUGCCAGAAAAACCCUCCGCCCCCCGUGUCAGAUGAGCCAUCGCAGCUGUUGUGUGCAUCCUGUGACGCCCAGUUUAACAGUGCGUGGUCCCUGGUACAACACUCCCAGGCUGAACAUGCUGUCAAGAUCUUCAAGACGGACGAUGACAAGGAAGAAUCAGGCAAGAGUGAGGAAAACGGUGACGACAGCACGCUUCAAAACAAGACUGGGACAACAAAGAAAUGAUCCUGUUCUCUAGUUCAUUCAUCAUUUGGUGUAAAUUUCAGAUGUCAUGCCAUGUUCUUCAAGCUUGUCACUGGUGUCAUCCCCCAUCAGCAACAGAUGACACUGUGGCAAGUGGUCAUACCUGUUUGGUUCCAUUCCGUUGUGCGUUCAUCUCGGAACACUGGCUCUAGAUCUACUUUUGAAUGUAUGGCACUAUUACAAAUCCCAAUUGAUAUGAGAAACAUGUUUCAUCUCCAAAUGCACACAAGCUUCAAUACUUCAGUCUUGUAUACACUAUCCCCCUCCAUCACCCAUGAAUACAGAGGACUGCUUUGUGGUGUACUUGCUAGUUUAAACCCAACAAUGUAGCACAACUCUGUUCCAAGAGGGACACCAGUGAGUGCUCCGAUUACAGUGUGUUGUGACUGUCCGCUCUAUGCUGGCAUCAGUGUCAGGCAGUGGUAGCGUUCACACAAUCUUCUAGUCGGUCAUACUCAUUCUGAAACAAAUAUAUCCAAAACAGCCUAUGCAAGUCUAUAAUGUUUGGCAAGUCUAGAUUACUGCAAUAUCAGAAAAUGAAGAAAGUCUCUGGGCUCCUUUUUGUUAUAUUUUUUAACUUUAAUUUAGCUACUGUUUUUUUCUGUUAAAAUGUUCAUUUCAGAGACUAGAUUUAAGUCUAACAAUGUUCAUGCACAAAGUAGGGCCUAAUUAGCAUCAUGAGCCAGCAAGGACCUCAGUUCAUUAGCUUACUAAAAAUUAGGGGUGAAACGAUACAGCAAGGUCACGAUCUAUUCAUAUCAUGAUACAUAGGUCACGAUCUAUUCAUAUCAUGAUACAUAGGUCACGAUCUAUUCAUAUCAUGAUACAUAGGU